AUGGUUUCUCAAGAUCCUAUUCAUUCGUUUGAUUCUUUUUUAGACAGUGUCACGCAAAUGCAAGAUGCUGUCAGUAAGUUUCAACUCGAAUCACUUAGACUUCCUGAUGAUUUUUCAUCUCCUGACAAAGAUUCAAUACAUAAUUCUGAUAUUGACAAGCUUACUAUUUUUGAUGAAUCAUUUUCCAGCAGCGAUGCCGAAUCAUUUGAUGAGGACACAAAACAAGAUUCCAGAACUCACGACACCAAUCUUGAGUGGCUUAAAUCUCAAUUAUCUAAGUUUUCGAUAACUACAUCAAUGAAUGGGGAUGAGAUAUAUUCUACUGUGUUAUCAAUUUUAACUUCAGAUUCACCAGAUGAGGAGCUUCAAUCUUCUCUUCCAGACAUACUGGGAUACGAUAAUCUUGAACUUGUCAUCGAACUUAUUUCUCGUCGAAAUGAAAUUCAACAAAGUAUCCGGAUUCAAGACUUAGAAAAAGAGACUAAUUACCAUUUAAUGACAGUUGAAGAGAUUGAAAACCAACGUGUGCUAAAUCAACGCGAGACUCAGCGGCUUAAUAGUAAUCUUCAACUGGCCCCAGCUACUAUCAAAUAUCCACACGUUUAUAAACGUGACACUGGUGGCAGUAUUCUUAAUGCAUUUGGCUCCAAAUAUUCUUUACCGGCUGGAACUACAAGAACUCUCGAGCAAAAAUACGAAGAAGUUAUUAUUCCAGCUAGCAGCAAAAAACCUCUUGUUGAACCCCGAUUGAUUCCCAUCAAAGAGUUAGACAAACUGUGUCAGGGGACUUUCAAAAAAUACAAGACUCUUAACCGCAUGCAAUCAUUAGUUUAUCCGAUUGGUUAUGAAACCCACGAAAAUAUGCUGGUUUGUGCACCCACUGGUGCUGGUAAAACCGAUGUGGCACUCUUAACAAUGUUAAGCACAAUAAACAAUUACAGUACGUUUGAUCCUAAUACCCAGUCUUAUUCUGUUGAUUUAUCGAAUUUUAAAAUCGUGUACGUCGCCCCUCUUAAAGCAUUAGCAGCCGAAGUGGUGGAGAAAAUGUCGCAAAGACUUUCUUGGAUUGGGAUAUCUGUUAGAGAACUUACAGGUGACAUGCAACUAACACGAAGCGAAAUUAUUUCGACUCAGAUCAUUGUCACUACACCAGAAAAAUGGGAUGUUGUUACAAGAAAAUCUACUGGUGAUAAUGAACUAGUUUCUAAAGUCCGUCUUUUAGUUAUAGAUGAGGUACAUUUACUUCAUGAAGAUCGCGGUGCUGUCAUAGAGUCUUUGGUAGCGCGUACUCUUCGCCAGGUCGAAAGCACACAGUCUAUGGUUCGAAUCGUUGGUUUAUCUGCCACUCUACCCAAUUAUUUAGAUGUUGCUGAGUUUCUUCGAGUAAAUCCUAUGGCCGGACUAUUUUUUUUUGACGACUCAUUUAGACCGGUUCCUUUGGAGCAACAGUUUCUUGCUAUUCGUGCAAAAGCUGGAACGAAGCAAGCAAGAGACGAAAUAAAUCGCAUCUCAUAUGACAAACUUGUUGAAAUGCUUAAUGAGGGCCAUCAAAUUAUGGUUUUCGUUCAUUCGAGAAAAGACACAAUUAACACAGCUCGUUCUUAUAUUUCUCAAGCACAAAAAAUGCAUGAUACUUAUCUAUUCGAUUGCUCGACCAAUGACUCAUACUCUUCUUUUGAAAGAGAGAUGUCCAAAUGGAAGAAUAGAGACAUGAAAGAGCUAUUUAUGGGUGGAUUUGGAAUCCAUCAUGCUGGAAUGCUGCGUUCGGAGCGUAACUUAACUGAAAAAAUGUUUCUUAAUGGCGCGAUUAAAGUUCUUUGCUGUACAGCUACUCUUGCAUGGGGUGUAAAUCUUCCAGCUGCCGUUGUUAUGAUCAAAGGAACUCAAGUUUAUGAUGCUAAACGAGGUGGUUUUGUGGACUUAAGCAUCACUGAUGUGAUUCAAAUUUUUGGACGAGCUGGUCGUCCUCAGUUUGAACAAGUUGGUAUUGGCAUUUUAUGUACCACAUCUGAUCGACUUUCUCAUUAUCUAUCAGCAAUCACACAACAACAUCCCAUCGAAUCCAAAUUAACUACAAGAAUAGAGGAUAAUCUUAACGCCGAAAUUGCAUUAGGUACAGUAACUAGUAUUGAUGAAGGUGUCCAAUGGCUAGGCUACACUUAUUUAUUUGUUCGAAUGCGAAAGAAUCCACUUGCUUAUGGACUCGGGUGGGAAGAUGUUUCUGAGGACCCUCUUUUAGGAGAGCGUCGCCGAAAGUUAAUUAUUGAUGCCGCUCGAAAAUUACAUUUACUACAAAUGAUUGUUUACGACGAUGUUACCGGGACUUUCAUUUCCAAAGACACUGGCCGCGUUGCUUCUGAUUUUUAUUUGCUUAAUUCUAGCGUUGAAGUUUUUAAUAAACUAAUGAACCCUGCUGCGACGGAGGCCGAUGUGUUUUCAAUGAUCAGCAUGAGUGGCGAGUUUGAUGGAAUCAAGGCUAGAGAAGAAGAAGGUAAUGAACUAAAAUUGCUUAUGGAAGAAUCUUCUCCUUGUCAAGUUCUUGGUGAUUUUGAUUCUCCCCAAGGCAAAACAAAUAUUUUAUUACAGGCUUACAUUUCAAAUGCAUCCAUUAAAGAUUCUGCUUUAAUUUCUGAUGCUGCAUAUGUUGCCCAAAAUUCUACACGUAUUUGCCGCGCUCUUUUUCUUCUUGCUCUUAAUCGCCGAUGGGGGCGCCUCGCUAAUUUACUUCUUUCAAUUUGCAAAUCUGUUGAAAAUCGCUUAUGGUCUUUUGAACACCCUCUGGCUCAAUUCGACCUUCCACACCAAGUUCUACGAAAUCUUGAGUCAAGUGGGGCACAAAUAUCUGAUUUACGUGACAUGGAAAUUGGUGAAAUUGGACAACUGAUUCAUAAUCAAAAGUCAGCCUCUUUGGUUGCCCGUUACUUGGAUCGAUUUCCUACUCUUCAUAUAGAGUCAGAAAUUGCCCCUCUUACUAAAAGUGUUUUGAAAAUAAAAAUAACACUUGAACCUGAGUUUAUUUGGGAUAGUAGGAUUCAUGGAAAUGCACAAUUUUUCUGGGUGUGGGUUGAAGAAUCCGAUGACUUUAAGCUUCUUCAUUAUGAAAAAUUUAUUUUAUCACGACAGAAGCUUGAUAAUCCUCAUUUACUUGAUUUCACUGUUCCUUUGGCGGAUCCACUUCCCUCCCAAAUUGUUAUUCGAGUUGUUUCUGAUACAUGGGCUGGUGCUGAAUCAUCGAUGCCUGUUUCAUUUCAGCAUCUUAUUCGUCCCGAAGCUGAGUCUAUAUCUACUAAACUUCUUCCUCUGCGACCACUUCCUAUAACAGCACUUGAUAAUAAAGCAAUUGAGGGAAUAUAUUCUUUCAAGUUUCGGUUUUUUAAUCCAAUGCAAACCAUGAUUUUUCAUCCUAUUUACAACUCUAAUACCAAUAUACUUCUUGGUUCUCCUACUGGUUCAGGAAAAACUGUUGCUGCAGAACUUGCGAUGUGGUGGGCAUUUAAGACAUACCCAAAAUCUAAAGUUGUUUAUAUUGCUCCAAUGAAGGCUCUUGUCAGAGAAAGAGUUGAUGAUUGGAACUCUAGAAUAACUAAGCCUCUGAAUCUCAAGCUUGUUGAAUUAACAGGUGAUAGCACACCGGAUUCUUCAACUAUAAAAAAUUCUGACAUCAUCAUUACUACACCUGAAAAGUUUGACGGUAUCAGUCGAAAUUGGCAGAGCAGAAAAUUUGUACAGGAAGUUUCCCUUAUUAUCAUGGAUGAGAUUCAUUUACUUGCUAGUGACCGUGGUCCAAUUUUAGAGAUGAUUGUCAGUCGUAUGAAUUUUGUUUCGGCUAAGACUGCGCGUCCGGUGCGACUCUUGGGUCUUUCAAGUGCUAUAGCCAAUGCUUAUGACAUGGCUAGUUGGCUUAAGGUUCGGGAUGAAGGUUUGUUUAACUUCCCAUCUACUGUAAGACCAGUUCCAUUGGAAAUGUAUAUUGAUGGAUUUCCUGAUAACAUGGGAUUUUGCCCAUUGAUGAAGUCCAUGAAUAAACCUGCUUUUCUUGCGAUUAAAAAGCAUUCGCCAACUAAGCCGGUACUUAUUUUUGUUGCUUCUCGUCGACAGACUCGAUUAACAGCACUUGAUUUGAUUCAUAUGCUUGGAAUGGAAGACAACCCUCGAAGAUUUCUUUCAAUGGAUGAAGAUGAACUUCAGGAAGCGAUUUCUAUCGCUGUAGAUGACACACUAAAGUUGUCUUUACAAUUUGGUAUUGGUCUUCAUCAUGCAGGUCUUGUUGAUUCUGACAGAAGAUUAAGCCACGAGCUUUUUGCCAACAAUAAAAUCCAAAUUCUUGUUGCGACUAGUACAUUGGCCUGGGGUGUUAAUUUACCGGCUUAUUUGGUUGUCAUUAAAGGCACACAGUUUUUUGAUGCAAAGAUAGAAGCUUAUAAAGACAUGGACCUCACCGAUGUUCUGCAAAUGAUGGGUAGAGCUGGCAGACCAGCUUUUGAUACUAGUGGUGUUGCUGUUGUUUUUACAAAAGAAUCCACCAAGCCUUUUUACAAAUACUUUUUGAAUUCUGGCUUUCCUGUGGAGUCAUCUUUGCACAAGGUUUUGACAGAUCACUUGGGCGCUGAAGUGACGUCUAGGACCAUAAAAACAAGACAAGAGGCUUUGGAUUUCCUCACUUGGACAUUCCUUUUUCGCCGCAUUCACUACAAUCCAACAUAUUACGGCAUUGAAGAUGUUACUGAAGACGGUAUCAACAAAUGGCUUAUCAAUUUAGUUGAUAAGUCUAUUAGCGAUCUCCAUGAAGCUGGUUGCUUACAAAAUACUUAUGAUGGAAAAUUGGUUCCCACUGAGUUCCUUAAUAUUUCUUCAUACUAUUAUUUAUCCCAUAAAACCAUGCAUACAUUUUUGAAGCAUAUGCAUCGGAAGCCAAACUUUAAAGAUUGUUUGCAAUGGCUCUGUUUAGCUUCUGAGUAUGAUGAACUUCCAGUUCGUCAUAAUGAAGAUUUGGUUAAUAUUGAAAUGUCUCAAGAAAUGAGAUAUCCAGGUGAGGAGAUGAAUCUCAUUAUGUGGGAUCCUCAUGUGAAGUCCUAUUUGUUACUUCAAGCUUAUAUGAGCAGAGUCGAUCUCCCAAUCACUGAUUAUAUUCAGGAUACAACUACAGUACUGGAUCAAGCGUUGCGUAUUCUACAAGCUGCUGUUGACACAGCUACUGUCCUUGGAUAUCUAUCCACUGUUCUCACUUUGAUUAGCGUUAUGCAAUGCUUGAAGCAAGGGUAUUGGUUUGAUGAUGAUCCUGUUUCUGCACUUCCAGGGUUGACGUUAAUGCCACUUCCUGUUUCUCAUCCAGUGCGGCAAAAUGAUAGUGGUACAACAUUACUUCGGAUGCCUAUCCCCGAUGAUAAAAGCCGUGUAACCACUCUCAAAGAUUUUGCAAAUGUCAAAGGCCAAACUUUGGAAAACCUUAUGAGUAAGGUUGGUGUUCUCAAGAAUAAAAGGAAUGAAUUUUCACGAAUUGCCAAUUCACUUCCUAUUGUCGAUAUUGCGACUAAAUUCGAUUCUGCUCAAAAUGUUCUCUCAGUGGUAUUAACUCAUAAAAAUUCUGCUAUUCUUUCCAAUGAUUUUAAAGUAUAUACACCCAAAUUCCACAAAGUUCAGAAAGAAAGUUGGUUUAUCAUUGUUGGGGAUACAGAGAAGGACGAACUAGUCGCUUUAACUAGAGGUUCUCCUAGAGGUUAUUUUGGAGGUGAUAAGAACAAAUCUGUCACUACUGCCUCCAGCUCUUCUAACCAAAAGAAGGGUCGUGGUCAAGGUAAGGACGUAAAGAUUGAUGCAUCUUUGACGAUUCCUGAAGCCAGAAAAGGUGGUCGAUUGAUGCUUUAUUGUGUCAAUGAUGCUUUAGAUAUUAGAUAUGAGAUGGAGGUUUCAGUUAAUUGA